UAACGCACAAGCCCCGUAAGGGAACACCUGGAGGAGGGAAACAGGGUUCCUACAGCAAUCACUGGCUUGGCAAGGAGCACAGGAAACGGGCCGGUCGGGAAUCCGUGCCCUGGCUGGGAGCGCAAGUCCUUUGGCUGACUCUGGUCCGGUGGGGAACACGGUCCGACAGGAACACGGGUCCCAUAGGACUAACUGGCCGAGCAGGAAGCAUCAGGCAGGGCUUGCACCGCGGAGCAGAUGGACUCGUCUACCGUGGAGAGUUUCGUGGCCCAGCAGCUACAGCUGCUGGAGCUAGAGCGAGACGCCGAGGUGGAGGAGCGCAGGUCCUGGCAGGAACACAAUUCUCUGAAAGAGCUUCAGAGCAGAGGGGUGUGUUUGCUGAAGCUUCAGGUUGCCAGCCAGCGAACCGGGCUGUAUGGACAGCGGCUGGUCACCUUUGAGCCCAGGAAAUUUGGGCCUGCAGUCGUGCUUCCCAGCAACAGUUUCACUUCCGGUGAUAUUGUGGGUCUGUAUGAUACUAAUGAAAACAGCCAACUGGCCACUGGGGUCCUGACCCGCAUCACCCAAAAAUCAGUCACAGUGGCCUUUGAUGAGUCCCAUGACUUCCAGUUGAGCCUGGACAGAGAGAAUACCUACAGACUGCUGAAACUUGCCAACGAUGUCACCUACAAACGCCUGAAAAAAGCACUGAUGACACUGAAGAAGUACCACUCUGGGCCAGCAUCCUCGCUCAUAGAUGUCCUGUUGGGUGGCUCCACCCCCAGUCCUGCCACGGAAAUACCCUCACUCACUUUCUACAACGUGACCCUGGACCCUUCCCAGCAAGAAGCUGUGUCCUUUGCACUGGCCCAGAAAGAACUUGCCAUCAUCCACGGGCCUCCUGGCACUGGGAAAACCACAACAGUGGUGGAAAUAAUCCUUCAAGCUGUGAAGCAAGGCUUAAAGGUUCUAUGCUGUGCUCCCUCCAACAUCGCUGUGGAUAACCUGGUGGAGCGUCUGGCUCUGUGCAAGAAGCGGAUUCUGCGCCUGGGUCAUCCCGCCCGCCUCCUGGAGUCUGUUCAGCAGCACUCACUGGAUGCAGUGCUAGCUCGCAGUGACAACGCCCAGAUUGUUGCUGACAUCAGAAGGGACAUUGACCAGGUCUUCGGGAAGAACAAAAAGACCCAGGAUAAGAGAGAGAAAAGUAAUUUUCGAAAUGAAAUUAAGCUGCUAAGGAAGGAACUGAAGGAGAGGGAAGAAGCAGCCAUAGUUCAGAGCCUCACUGCGGCUGAUGUGGUCCUAACCACCAACACAGGGGCAUCUUCUGAUGGCCCUCUGAAGCUGCUACCCGAGGACUACUUUGAUGUGGUGGUGGUGGACGAGUGUGCCCAGGCUCUAGAAGCCAGCUGCUGGAUCCCCCUGCUGAAGGCCCCAAAGUGCAUCCUAGCUGGAGACCACAAACAGCUGCCACCCACCACUGUCUCUCACAAGGCAGCACUGGCUGGGCUGUCCCGCAGCCUGAUGGAGCGUCUGGCAGAGAAGCAUGGUGCUGCUGUGGUAAGGAUGCUGGCGGUACAGUACCGAAUGCACCAGGCCAUCACACGCUGGGCCUCGGAGGCCAUGUACCAUGGGCAGCUUACUGCCCAUCCCUCUGUGGCAGGACACCUCCUGAAGGACCUCCCAGGUGUGACUGACACAGAGGAGACAAGUGUGCCCCUGUUGCUCAUAGACACCGCUGGCUGUGGGCUGCUGGAGCUGGAGGAGGAGGACAGCCAGUCCAAGGGAAACCCGGGCGAAGUUCGCCUCGUCACUUUGCACAUCCAGGCUCUGGUGGAUGCUGGGGUCCAGGCAGGUGACAUUGCCGUCAUCGCACCCUACAACCUUCAGGUGGAUCUGCUCAGACAGAGCCUCUCCAGCAAGCACCCUGAGCUGGAGAUUAAGUCUGUUGAUGGCUUUCAAGGCCGAGAGAAGGAGGCUGUGAUCCUGACCUUUGUCAGGUCCAAUAGGAAAGGUGAAGUUGGUUUUCUGGCUGAGGAUAGGCGGAUCAAUGUCGCUGUCACCCGUGCUCGGCGGCAUGUGGCAGUCAUCUGUGAUUCCCACACUGUCAACAAUCACGCCUUUUUGAAGACCUUGGUGGAUUAUUUCACAGAGCAUGGGGAGGUACGCACAGCCUUUGAGUACCUGGAUGACAUCGUCCCUGAGAACUACACCCAUGAGGGCUCCCACGGCCACAGCCGUGCCCCCAAACCCAAGUGCCCAAGCACCUCCAUCAGGAAGCCUGCCAGUGAUCAGGAGAGUGUCCAGGAGGCCAGAGCAGUCCCUGGACACAGCCGCAGGAAGCCAGGCGAGAAGCCCCCAGGCCCUCAAACCCAUUCCCAGCACAGCUCCAGUGCAAAUGGCUCUGACAGAACUGGAGGCACAGACCGGACAGAGCACUUCAGGGCUAUGAUUGAGGAGUUUGUGGCCAGCAAGGAAGCCCAGUUGGAGUUUCCCACAUCCCUGAGCUCCCAUGACAGGCUGCGAGUCCACCAGUUAGCUGAAGAGUUUGGGCUGAGACAUGACAGCACGGGGGAGGGGAAGGCUCGGCACAUCACGGUGAGCAGGAGGAGCCCUGCAGGGUCUGGCAGUGUAGCCCCACAGCCUCCUUCACCGCCCAGCCCCGCACAGGCUGAGACUGAGCCACAGGCAGAGCAGCCGCAUGGCCGCACACAGCAGGAUCUGAAGGCACUGCAUCUGGAGAGGCUACAGCGGCAGCAAGGCUGCCAGGCCCAGACAGCCAAGGGUCAGCCAGGUGGGGGCUCGAGGCCACAGAAGGCUCCACAGAAGAAAAAGAAAAAGGAUCCAAAAGGUCCAGCCAUGGCUCUGCCCUGUGAGGAGGACUUCGAUGCCCUAGUGUCUGCUGUGGUGAAGGCUGACAACACCUGUAGCUUCACCAAGUGCUCAGCCAGCACCACCACUCUGGGCCAGCUCUGCAUGCAUUGUAGCCGCCGCUACUGCCUCAGCCACCAUCUGCCCGAGAUCCAUGGCUGUGGUGAAAAGGCUCGUGCCCAUGCCCGGCAGAGGAUUAGCCGGGAAGGAGUGCUCUACGCCGGCAGUGGGACCAAGGACAGGGCCCUGGACCCGGCCAAGAGGGCCCAGCUGCAGAGGAGGCUAGACAAGAAGCUGGGCGAGCUCAGCAGCCAGAGGACAAGCAAGAAGAAGGAGAAGGAGAGGGGGACGUGAGGCCACACCCUCAGGGAGGGCUGUGUGGGACAGAGAGUCAGCAGGUGGGGACACAGUCCUACCCUGGCCAUUUCUCUGCUUGAGCUAGUGUGUCCCUAAUCUUCCCAUGGCAAGGGUGCUAUUUGCAAGAUGUGCCUAGUUACCAUCAGUUACUAGUCACUGCCUUGCCCGGCCAGGCCCCAUUAAUGCUGUGAGUGCCUUGCACGGCCAGCUAGCCAUGAUCACCUUCAUCCUGACUUCUGCGUGACACAGUGGGCACGGAUUGUGUGGUCUAGGGAUGCGGGAAUGGCUGCUCUGGGAUCAGAAGGCCCCUAGCCUGGGAUUGCCUGGCCUCUGCUGCUUGAUGACUGUUGGGAAGAGUCCUUCCAGGGCACCACACUGCUCACCCUCACAGAGACUGCACCCUCUCCAGCACUCUGUACCAGUUGCUCGUGGGAACUUUGACAGAUGCAUUUUAGCCUCAGGCUCUUGUUCCAAAAUAAUAUAAAUUAUUUGCAAAUUAAAGUGUGCACAUAGUGGAUAUUUGCCUGUGUCAGAGGUGAGCAUCCUUUACAUCUGGCUCAGAUGUCACCCUGCACAUGCUGACUGGGCAGUGGUAGCACCUCAGGAGGGGUCUUGUCGUUGUUUAAGAGGCAAACAGUUGGCUGGUGGGGGCACUCUUAAUGCAACUGCCAAUACAUCCCCUAAGGAAACUUCUCGAUGGUACAGCUGCUGUGAGUCUCCCAGGCCCAGGGACUUGUAGGCAGUACAGUCACCCAUUCACCCAGUUAGACUUGGUCUGUGGUGACCCCUCUACCAAGGGUGAGAUGGCCCAUCUCCCGAGAAAAAGUCAUGUGCGCCUCCUCCUCCUACUCCCACGGUCACCUUCCUUGCUUGCUCCCUUGCAUAGUGUUUGGGCAGGACAAGGGGACAUGGCUGUGGCUGCUCUUAUAGCAAGUGCAGCACUCAGUGUUGGAACUGCAGCACUGGGCAUCACACACAUCACAAGUGGGGUUAGAUGUGAUCUUCCCAAGAUGCAGGUGUAGGUGUCAUUCCAAGGUUGUGGGGCUCACGGUGAAAGUUACUUGGUCCCCCUGACCUGUGACAUGAACCCUAAUGGAGCCCCAGGAUCAAGCUCAGGGAGACAAUUGCAUGAAUCACGUGGCACCUCCCCUUCCCUGCCAAAAUAGGGCAGACCUGGAGAUGGACUGGAAUCCAGCAGGGCCAACCAGCUUUGCUCCCGUGCAGAUGUGGACACUUGAGGAAAGACUGGCUCUUGUUGCACUGGAGGCUAGUGACUACUUUGCCUGCCUUCUAGAAGCCUAUCUGUGGAAGAAAAGGAAGCCAGAGAGAAACAGACCUCCAGAUGAGGCUGCAGGUUGACCUGGUUAUAGUAUCCUGGAGUCUCCGGAUCCAGUCACACUUCAUCUCCAACUCGUCCUUCCCAGAAUUCUUUAGAAUUAAGUUCUUUUUUUGGCUGAAUAAAGUCCACAUUGGGUUUCUGUCACUUGCUGCCAAAGACUCUUUGCUGAUCCAGUUGUGUCUGCAGCUGUAUAUCUUAUUAAAAUAUGUUUUUGUUUGGAAGGGCACAUACUUGCAGAGGUCAGCACGUAUGUGGGAGUAAAGCCACCCAGCAGCCGUGAGUCCUCUCCUUCCAUAGUAUGGUCCCCAGGAAUCACUUAGGUCAUCAGACUUGGUGGCAGGCACCUUUCCCUGCUACAUCUGGCCUUUAUGCGGGUUCUGGGGAUCUAAACUCGGGUUCUCAUGUUUGAACAGCAAGCAGUUUACCCACCGAGCUGUUUCCCCAGCCCAGCACAUCUUCUGUUGUACAGGGUCUGCGUUCUAGCAUGGAGAUUUUGCUGAACCAGAGUUGCUGGCCACUGAGGAAAGACGAGGUCUCAUUGCUGCUGGGAGCAGCUCCCAUGUGUGACCCUUCAGGAGGAGCUCGGCUUGCAUAGGCUGGGGCUUAAGAGGUGUGAAAUAUUAAUAAUGUCAACACCAUUACACAAGUGUGUGGCUUCUGCAGGUAAACACACACACACACACACACACACACACACACACAGAGAUUGUUCAUCUGCCAAACAUGGUGGAAGAAUAACCGUGCCAUUCUCGGGAGUAAACGUGUGGUUUUGGGCCCCUGCACAUGGGUCUUUGUGCCAGUGCCUGUACCGUGUCUCUAUGUCCCACAAACCCUGUCAUGGACAAUCCCCACCCUGACUGUUGCUUCAUUAAAAUGCUGGCUU